UACUUUGUUAUCCUAAUAAACCCAUUUGCUAUUUGUUCGUCCGCUCGCUCUCUUCACUUUACACAUUUGCCCUGCCGAUUUAUCGCAUUAGUCAGCGCAUCCACGUCCGCCGUCGACGAUUAUCGCCUCCGCCUCAGUUAUCGCCGUAAAGUGCGCGCCUCACACGACACCAAGGAUACGUCAGGGCCAUUAGGGCUGCAGCGUGCGCACGCGAGGCUCCUUACAUACACACAAGCACACCACACACACCACACACGCCAACCCGCCAUGUUCUGCCUCCGCAGCUGGAUCCCCGUCCUGUUCUUCUUAUUACGAACGCACGCCUCGCCCGUCUACCUCGUCCUCUUCAUCUCAGCGACCUACUUCCUAAACCGACCGUGCGUGUACUGCUCGCUCCUUCUCUUCAUCCUCGUCGUCGCCCUCUUCGACUUCCACACUCCGUGGUUCGAUGCGCCGCUGUCGGAUAGCGCGGAACUGGCGCUGAAUGGCACCGUCGCGGAAACGGCGGGUGUGUUGGCGCAAGCGGCGAAUCACACGGCCAAGGCGGUGGUGAGGGGGGCUGUUGAGGGGGUUAAGGGAAGGGUUGGACUGGGCCACAGUGAAGGGCAGAGCUAUGAGUGGGUUAAGGGGUUGUUGGGGAAGAAGGAGUGGAGGAUACAAUGUUUGGAUGUGUUGAUAAGGAUUUGAAUGGGUGGGAUUGGGAGACGGGAGUUGGGUCUGCAAUGUAGAGGGAUGCAAGGCGUUUGUGGCUAUUAGGCCUGGAUGCGCGGGCAGGCUGGAUAUCGUUGCAUGGCUGGGGCGUAUACUGAAGCAUCUGCAGGCGUCAAUGGCAUACCACUUUCAGGAUUGAUAUCCACCAGCUUGUGCGUGAUAAGCAUGCUACGAGCAUGCGAAGAAAGCAGAGGGAACUGCAGAGACGACGCGCCACACACUCGAUUCAACGCCGCAUGGACAAGCAACAAUACCAGAUAUAAUCCUACGCAUCUUCGCAUCUGGAUCUAGAUAAAUGCAUAUCUAAAAGACCCCGCGCUAAAGCCGACGCAGGGAUUCUACGUAGGUGGGGCGCUUCGGCGUGCCGCACGCGCACCUUCCCCUCUAAGCCUAC